CACGAAGAAGAUAACGAGAUAAAUCCACCUCCAGUUCUCUUCUGUUGCUUCAAAAGCCUCUCGCUUCUUCGUCAUCCCUUUCCACUCUUCAAUCAAAGCAAUGGCUUUAUCCUCUUCCCUUUUCUCACCACCCCAUCUUCUUUCCAAUCACACUACAAAAUCCAUUUCAACUUCUUCAAGAUUCUCUAGUCACCUUCUGAAAUCGGUCUAUUCACAAACCUUUGUCAAAUCGACGCCUUCUCUGGUAGUUACAACUCAUAGACACUUUCGGACACCCUUUGCUGUUGCAGAAGAAACCGUGGUCACUUCACCGGACCCGAAAUCCGAUGCCGCAAGGAAGCUCUAUAUUGGGAACAUUCCACGCAAUAUUGAUAACAAUGAGCUUACCCGGAUAGUUGAAGAGCAUGGUUCUGUUGAGAGGGCAGAGGUUAUGUAUGACAAAUACUCUGGAAGGAGUCGUCGCUUUGCAUUUGUUACAAUGAAGACGGUUGAGGAUGCAAAUGCAGUAAUUGAGAAGCUAAAUGGCACUGAAAUCGGAGGACGUGAAAUCAAAGUAAAUAUAACAGAAAAACCUUUGCAAACAGUUGAUCUAUCUAUUCUCCAGGCAGAGGAAUCUGAAUUUGUCGACAGUCCCCACAAAGUAUAUGUAGGAAAUCUUGCAAAAACAGUAACAACAGAUUUACUGAAGGACUUCUUUUCUUCGAAUGGAAAUGUUCUUAGUGCCAAGGUUUCACGUGUUCCUGGGACCUCAAAAUCCAGUGGUUUUGGUUUUGUCUCAUUUUCUUCAGCUGAGGAUGUUGAAGCUGCUAUCUCAUCUUUCAACAAUUCUCUCUUAGAAGGGCAGCGAAUUCGAGUGAACAAGGCAUAAACAUUCAAAAGCGGUAACCUGGAAGCUUGCUUGACUUCAUAUCCUCUAGUUGGAACCAGUAAAGGCUUUGUAUGAAAUAGAAGCCAUCAUACAUCAGUCCCAUUUCUUGUCUAGCUUAAACCCCAUCUUUUCAGGUGUCAAGUUCCUCCAAAAAGGGAAAAAAGGGAGAGUUGAAUGCUUCUGUCGGAAGAAAUUCUGUAGUUCAGGUUUUGGGGAGCUCACUAAUUGCUUGUAAUUGUGUUGCUUCUUUUCAUCCGUACUGUGUAAUAUGGCAGGUCCUGUUGAGUUAUGAAUGUAUUUAGUUCCUCUAUUUGACUUGAACAAAUAUUGUAAUUGGCUUGAACUUGACCCCUUGACUGACGUGCAAGUUUUGGAAUCUGUAUUUUGUGUGAGCUUCUGAGAUGGAGUUUUAUGCAAUAUUUGAUGUGA